CUGAAUAAAAACACAUUUGAACUGUCAAUUUCACAGUACAGCAGAUGCGUGUAAUAUAUGUAGUUAACGGUUUCAUGGCACUCGGCAGUUUCCGUAACGAAAGCACAUCUCUCCUGCGGUUGUACCUGAUGGACAUAGCCGCAAGGUUGCGUUUUUGUCGAAAUUAGAAAAUUUUUGUGAGCCUCAAAAUGGGGCCUGUAAGAAGAGUUUUCGUUUUGCACCAUUUUUAUGACUGCUGUCAAAAUACUGGUAAAACAUCAAAGCAGGCUUGGGUGGUAGGAAUUAGUUCAGGAACAUGUCAACCGUUUUUGCGAACGUUACAAGCACCGAAGUUAUCAACCGAUUCUUAAGACACACUAGCUACGUUUCCGGAGACGUUCCGGAUGACUGUAAUCAAAUCCAUAAUUUAGCACCGGCUGAUAAAUGUGACUUUGUCAAACGUACCGCAUCAUGCCGGGAAGAUGUCAACUAUUUCGACUACACGUACUUCCUGUUCUGCACCAUCGGGAGCGAAAAUACGGUUCUGUUCACGUUAGGUACUCUUCUACUCGUGGGUGGUUUGCUGAUUUGUUUCACUGUGCUCGGAACAACCGCUGAUCAGUUCUUCUGUCCGGUGCUGGCUGUAAUUUCGAAAACUCUCAGAAUCAGUGAGAGCGUGGCCGGUGUCACAAUUCUGGCUUUUGGCAAUGGAUCACCGGAUCUGUUCACGGCGGUUAGCAACCCGCUCAGUGAUACGGAGAUGAUGUUUGGCGAACUGUUGGGAGCGGCAACGUUUGUGAUCGGUGUAGUGGCCGCCACUAUCCUACUGAUAAGACCGUUUCAGACCGAUCCUGCCGGAAUCGUGCGGGAUGUGUUGUUCUUCCUGUUUGCUGUCGGUUGGAUUACGAUCUGUGCCUACGAUGAGAGAUUUUUUCUUGCGGAUGCUAUCGUUGUCGUUACUGUUUACGGGGCGUACCUGACAGUUGUGCUAGUGGACUUUUUCCUGCGGAAAAGGAAACUACAUGCGGUCGAAUCAAGGCUUUCGUUGAGUGGGCAACUACCGGAAGCCGAUUCGUACUACAAUCAACUGCGAGGUGAAACGGAAGUCAUCAUUCGACCACGGAAUCCAUCGAUGGGAUCGGAAGUGGACAUAUCCAGAAACCGAGUGAGCAUUUUCAUCAGGCAAGCAAGCCCACCGCAAAACUAUCAUCUGUUUCGAGACUUCUGCGAUCAUCUGAAUCCAAUCGAAAUGGAAGAGUGGGAAACAUCGGGAUGGUGUGGAAAAAUAAUUGCCGUUCUGAAAAUACCAAUACGUUUGCUGCUCACCCUAAUUAUUCCCAUAAUGGAUUACACCAUAGAACGACACGGAUGGACAAAACUGUUGAAUAUGGUCCAUUGUUUUACUCUUCCAUUGACGUUCCUGGCCAUUAGCGGCUGGAUUUCUGAGAAAAUGCUUCAAGUACCUGCCUGGGCCUGGUUGAUCAUAUUCGCUUCAAUUUUGAUGAUCGCAAUAUUUUUUACCUCACGAACGGAUAGACCUCCGGCAUAUCAUCUCGUAUAUGCGCUUCUAGCGUUUGCAGGAUCGAUUAUGAUAAUCUACAUCAUUGCACAGGAAGUCGUUAGCCUACUCGUCACGAUGGGUUUGGUGCUCAACCUGUCCAGAUCGAUGCUUGGAUUGUCGGUUCUAGCAUGGGGGAACAGCAUUGGCGAUAUGUUCUCGAAUAUAACAUUGGCAAAACAAGGCUACGGAAAAAUGGCAUUUGCAGCGUGCCUAGGAGGACCACUGUUUAAUCUUUGUCUCGGCCUUGGAAUCUCCAUGAUUGUGAAGGCCCUCGACAGAGCUGAUCACGUGGCUUUCUCUCGAGAAGGUGCCAUGGGUCAAAACAUCGAAGCGUUUCUGGUUCAAUUACUGGGAACAAUUCUGCUGGCUCUGCUCUUCACAGACUUCCAAGGUCGUCGCAGCGUGGGAUUUAUAAUGAUUUCCAUUUAUAUUGUAUUCUUUCUGUUCUGUCUUUUGGGAGAGUUUGAAAUCAUUCAUCCUUACGGUACUGAUCACAACGAUGAAGGAGAGUUUGAAAAUUGA